GUCAUUCCCUGCCCCAGGCCAGCCCGCCAGCCCACCAGCCCAGGAAAAUCGCUUAAUUCCUUCAACGCGCUGAAGCUCCCAGCGCGACUACGACACGACAAAUCCACUCUCUUAAGGCCCGGCCUUCUUCGUGACCUCCAACUCUUCACCCUUUUCCAUAUUUUUCCAAUCCCAACUUUAUCCUCGAUUCCUUUUUGCUGCUGGGAAUCCUCCUUCGGACUUUCCAAUUCAGUCGAUAUCCAUUAUACGAGUCAUCUCGGUCUCUCUUCCACCACCUCGCGUUUUUGUCUGGAACCGCGUGAGAAGUGUGCUUGCUGUUGGAAAGGUGUCCCUCGGUGUCCCUCGAGCAGUGGUCUGCCAUGAUGGACUCAUCUCCAAGCAAGAUGAACUCCCUCGCGAGCUUUCCCCCAGCAGCUGGAGUCAAGCGACCCGCUCCAUCAUUGCUACCCGCUUUCGAACCUCUCUCAUCCUCCCCCGGACUUCCUCGGCCAUCCAAGAGACGGGCUCAAUCCUCUCCCCAACGAGAAGCAGCGUACGCCAAAUAUCCAACUCCAAUUCCAACUUCUACCACAGGAAUUCUCUUGUCUUCACCCCCGCGUGUUCAAGGCAGACCAAACUCGGAUCGAGCCCACUCUUCAGUCUCGGAACGAGCUCCACUUUCCGAUGUUCCCACUGUUCACCUAUCCGACAAUGGAGACAUUCUACGAAUGGGUAGAUCAAGCAACUCCUCGCACUACCAAUUGUCCGCCAAUCGACUCAUCUCACGCGUUCACGUCGAAGCUCGGUAUAUUCCCGCGUCCGUUCCCCUCGAGCCCAACAAGGUGGAAAUCGUAUGCAAAGGCUGGAAUGGAGUCAAGCUACACUGCCAGGGAAGAACAUGGGAAUUGGCCAAGGACGAUACCUUCACCUCCGAGACCGAAUAUGCCGAGAUCAUGUUGGACGUUCAAGACGCGCGUGUCAUGAUUGCGUGGCCAGGUAUAGUCGAACGUAAGGAAUCAGUUGGAGCAGACUCUUCGUGGGACGAUGAGAAUUCACCAACCAGAGCUCGCGUUACAGCUGUCAGUGCUGCAGGUCAAAUCAUUGAUUCGAGUCCGUUACGCCGUGAUCAAGCUCGUCUUGAGUCGCCAGUGUCGCCAACUCCUGCUGGACCAAGUAUGUCUAGAACCAACUUGGCCGACCUGUUUUCGGAUGAUAUAGAGCCAAGUGUGGUUAAGGUAUAUGAAGACUCUUCAUCUCCCUCCCCAGAACAAGAACCGGAAGUCAAUGUUGGACAAUCAAUGGUUUCUACGCAAGCUGCAACAUCGUUCCCGGUUUCUCUCGAACAUGGUCACUCCAGCGAUCUUAGUGAACCCGAAGAUGAGGAAGAUGACCAAGACCCCGACGAAGAGAAUGAUCCCGUUGUACACUCAUUCGGACCUUACGGCGCUAAUAUAUCCUCUCGUAUGGCCUCCUUCACAGCAACUGGAUCACCAGAAAUGCCACGAACCAAAAAUUCCGCCAAAUCUUCUAAGCCCGAUUCAAGCUCCGAGAACAUCAGCGAGGCCGAAUCCAUCCCAGUCGUCAACCAUGUUGUAAACCAACUUGCCUUCUCUAGACUCUCCUCCACGCCAUUGUCUGUAAUCAUGAACCACCUUCCAGCAGAAAUCAAGGCAGGAGUUACAACCAACACAAAUAGUGGACUCACCAAGAGCCAACUAUGCAAGGUUCUCGAUGCUGCCCCUUCCAUUGGAAAGAUUCGCCGUGAAGGAAAGGACGCCGCUGGCAAGCCACUCGAGAGCGAAUAUUAUUACAUUCCUGAUAUGGAUACGGAUGAGCAGCGAAGAGCAGCUGUUGUAGAUGGCCUCAGAAAGCCAAGUUUGAGGAAUUGCAGAAAGCAUCACAAGGUAAAUACCCAUCAAAUCGCAUAUCAAAUAUAAAGACUAAUAAUGAUAUAGCAAUACUACUGGAAGCGACCACGUACUCCUUGAAUCAUGAAUCUGUUGUCUAUAACACUUUUCUCGUUACACCUCGUGUCACCAGCCCACCCCCUGUAAACCCUUUUUUUCUUCCUUUGGAGCCUAGAUCUGGAUGCUCUGACGUGUCAUGAUCCUUUUCUUUCUUGUCGUUUAUACUUGUCAUACCCAGCAUAGCGAGGCGUCUUUUUUUUUUACAAAAUUCCGGGGCCCCUACUCAGAUACUGUCUGCUUUUAGUAUUGGAACUUGGCUUUCAAUUGGAGCGAUGGAUAGAUCUCAAGACUGAAAUCUUGGAGCUCUGGCUUUUUGUUGUAUUGAAUUAUGUAGAAACGAAAAUUAC